CCUCUUUCAAAACACUCUGACGGCCUACUGUGUAAAGACCGAAAGCGAAAAGCAAACAACUAUGAGCGGAUCCCCGAAAGCCUCCCUCCUUCAGGAAGAAGAAGACCGCCGUCCGCCGUCGACUUCUGUAUCUUCUCAAGUUCAGCUCCAGGAAACCAACAGUGGCGGAAGAGAAGGAGUUUCGAUGAAGCUUUUAGGGCCACCUCUACGCUCUCUGCUUCAAGAACCAGACAACUCCAUCCCGCCGCGAGAGGAACCAGAAAGCCCGAAGGGGAAGGAGAAGGAAUACUCCUUCGAAUCCCCGAAGAGAGACACAUCGUUAUCGUCAUCACCUUUGCGAUCCCCUAUCCACCCUGCGGAGAACACCACCGCUUCUGAAAACGCAGCUAAGUCGCCUGGGCGAAAUGGUGCAAUCGUUGCUAAACAUCUCAAGUCGCUGCUCGAGGACGGCGGAAGUCCAAUUGGCUACGAGGAGAGGUCGCCGGAGGUGCCGGCGGUGGCGAAUCGGAUGGCGGAGGCGAUGGGUGGUGGAAGAGGAAAGGUGUUUAGAGUGGAAUCCGGAGUUGUACGGAGGGCUAAAAUGUGGAGAGCCGAAGUUGUUCUUAGGGUUUUGGAAGUUGCUCUAUGUCUGGUCUCUAUCUCCGUGAUGGCCGCCGACAAGACUAGUGGGUGGGCCGGCGACUAUUUCGACCGUUACCAGGAAUACAGGUAUUGUUUUUCAGUGAACGUUAUAUCAUUUGCGUACUCGACACUCCAAGUGUUCUCGCACAUUCAUUAUAUGAUCUGGAAGAGACACGUGAUAAGCAUUCCUUUAAGUUACUCGUUCGAUUUUUUACUCGAUCAGGUAUUGGCAUACUUACUGAUGUCUGCAUCUUCGUCAGCAGCCGCUCGAAUUGAUGACUGGACCUCCAUGUUUGGCAGUGAUAUGUUCACCAACAUGUUGAUUGGCUCAAUUGCGGCCUCUUUCGCCGCCUUCUUGGCUUUCGCUAUCAGCUCCAUUAUUUCUGCUUUCAAGCUCUUCAGCUUGAAUCCUUAGACAGCACACAACAAUGCCUGUAUAGAAGCUUAUUUGCGUUCAACACAUGUCUCAAAUGGUCGUUAACAAAUAUACCCGUCAUGGUUAACUCUAAGCCUCAGACCGAGUCGUGAUAUUUACCAUUUUGUCCAAUUGGAUGCCAUGGUACUCAGAGUCACAUUCCACUGUCUAGAGCACUCAAUGAAUUCUUUUGGAUCCUUGCUAACGUAAAACUCAGUAAAUCUA